GUGGGGAGGGUGACUCCCGGCCCGACCCGGGCGGGCGGGAGGGCUGGUUUGUCUCGGGGUCGGCGGCGCCUCUUCCAAGCCCCGUGGAGCCGUCAGCCCCGCGCCGCUCGGCUCCGUGGCUUUUUUGGAAACUUGCAAAUGUUUUCGUAGAGAGAAAAGGGGGAGGGGAAGGAAGGAGCGAGGGAGUGACCGAAACGGAGCUCGGGGCUGCUGGAGGAACGGAGGCCAAGGCCGGGGGAGCUAGAGACGGACUGACAGACAGGCAGACAGACCGAGCGUCCCGGCCGCAGGCGCGCUCUAGCGGCGCGGGCGCAGGCGGGGCUCCGGCCGAGGAUGGAGAGGGAGUUGCCCGAGCCCGCCGCCGACGGGAUGGGGUUGAAGGGGCCGAGGGGCGAGGAGCUGGCGGCCUGAUCCUCGAAGGGCUCAGCGUCGUUGCAAAGUUGGGCUUGAGUAUCCAAGCUGCACGCCCGGAGCUGCGCAAAACGCGCCCCCUGCCCCGCCCCGCCCCCCGACUUGCGCUAGCCGCGGAGCUAAAAAUAACAGUCCCGUUCGCCCCCCGCAGACCGCGACCCCAACCCCUCCCCCGACCCCUCCCCCACUGGGCGUGGGGGCAAAGCCACAGCUCCCAGUUCCCCAAAAGAAAAAAAAAGAAAGAAAAGGCGGCGCGGGGUGGGGGUGGGGGGGGGGAGGGGGGCGGGCCGGGGGCGGGGGGCCCGGCCAUAUGGAUGUGAUUUCUCCGCUCGGAGGCAGACGGGCAGCUCCGCAGCUCUCGGCGCCCGCCCGCCGCCCGCCCGGCCCCCGGCUGCCUCCCUUCUUCCCUCCCUCUCUCUCUCUCCUUUGCGCUCGCUCGCUAGCCCUCCGCGCAUGGGCCCCGCGCCGGGCCCCGGGGCCUCGGGCCGCCGGGCCUCCGGGGUCCCCUAGGCCGUGGCGUGGGCGGGGCAGCCCGGCCUGACGCAGCUCUGUACCCCACCACCACCACCACCACCAGGGCCGGCGGCGGCGGCUGCCCCGAGGGACGGGGCCCUAGGCGGUGGCGAUGGGGGCCGCCCGGAUCGCGCCCGGCCUGGCGCUCUUGCUCUGCUGCCCAGUGCUCAGCUCCGCAUACGCGCUGGUGGAAAGCUAAGGCACACGGGUUAAACAACUGUACCAAAGAUACAAAGCCAGUUGGUGGUGGAUGCGGGAUUCACGGUCCAGUGCUGGUGGCAGAACCUCCUUAGAUGAGAGGGUGCAGGUGCAGGGAGCUGUGAUGGCAUCCCAGGUGGAUGCAGAUGACGUCAUGACCAAAGAGGAGCAGAUCUUCCUGCUGCACCGUGCCCAGGCCCAAUGUGAGAAGCGGCUCAAAGAAGUCCUGCAGAGGCCAGCCGACAUAAUGGAAUCAGACAAAGGAUGGGCCUCUGCGUCCACAUCAGGGAAGCCCAAGAAAGAGAAGCCAUCUGGGAAGCUCCACCCUGAGUCCGAGGAGGACAGGGAGGUGCCCACUGGCAGCAGGCCCCGAGGGCGCCCCUGCCUGCCGGAGUGGGACCACAUCCUGUGCUGGCCGCUGGGGGCUCCAGGGGAGGUGGUGGCCAUGCCCUGUCCCGACUACAUUUAUGACUUCAAUCACAAAGGCCAUGCCUACCGCCGCUGUGACCGCAAUGGCAGCUGGGAGCUGGUGCCUGGGCACAACCGCACGUGGGCCAACUACAGCGAGUGCGUCAAGUUCCUGACCAAUGAGACGCGCGAACGGGAGGUGUUUGACCGCCUGGGCAUGAUCUACACCGUGGGCUACUCCGUCUCGCUGGCAUCUCUCACCGUGGCGGUCCUCAUCCUGGCCUACUUUAGGAGGCUGCAUUGCACACGCAAUUACAUCCACAUGCAUCUGUUCCUGUCCUUCAUGCUUCGCGCCGUGAGCAUCUUCGUCAAGGACGCGGUUCUCUACUCGGGCACCGCCCUCGACGAGGCUGAGCGCCUCACGGAGGAAGAGCUGCGCGCCAUCGCCCAGGCACCGCCGCCGCCCGCCGCCGCCGCCGGCUACGUGGGCUGCCGGGUGGCUGUGACCUUCUUCCUUUACUUCCUGGCCACCAACUACUACUGGAUUCUGGUGGAGGGGCUGUAUCUGCACAGCCUCAUCUUCAUGGCCUUCUUCUCAGAGAAGAAGUACCUCUGGGGCUUCACAGUCUUCGGCUGGGGUCUGCCUGCCAUCUUCGUGGCUGUGUGGGUUGGUGUGAGAGCUACCCUGGCCAACACCGGGUGCUGGGAUCUCAGCUCCGGGAACAAGAAGUGGAUCAUCCAGGUGCCCAUCCUGGCCUCCAUUGUGCUCAACUUCAUCCUCUUCAUCAACAUCGUCCGGGUUCUCGCCACCAAGCUGCGAGAGACCAAUGCUGGCCGGUGUGACACGCGGCAGCAGUACCGGAAGCUGCUCAAAUCCACACUGGUGCUCAUGCCGCUCUUCGGCGUCCACUACAUCGUCUUCAUGGCCACGCCGUACACCGAGGUCUCAGGGACGCUCUGGCAAGUCCAGAUGCACUACGAGAUGCUCUUCAACUCCUUCCAGGGAUUUUUUGUUGCCAUCAUAUACUGUUUCUGCAAUGGCGAGGUACAGGCUGAGAUCAAGAAAUCCUGGAGCCGCUGGACACUGGCACUGGACUUCAAGCGCAAGGCACGCAGCGGGAGCAGCAGCUACAGCUACGGUCCGAUGGUGUCUCACACAAGCGUGACCAAUGUAGGGCCCCGCACGGGACUUGGCCUGCCCCUCAGCCCCCGCCUGCUGCCCGCGGCCACCACCAAUGGCCACCCCCCGCUGCCUGGCCACACCAAGUCAGGGUCCCCGGCUCUCCAGGCCACACCACCUGCCGUGGCUGCUCCUAAGGAAGAUGGAUUCCUCAAUGGCUCCUGCUCGGGGCUGGAUGAGGAGGCCUGUGCGCCAGAGAGGCCACCUGUCCUGCUGCAGGAGGAGUGGGAGACAGUUAUGUGAUCAGGGACCCGAGGGUUGGACCUGUGGACAUGAGCGUGGACAGGCGGACCAAGAGACGGGUUGUUGGACAGUUGCCCACUCAGGGCUGGGACUGGGAGGACAAAACAGGAAAAAAAAAAAAAAAACAAACAAGAAAAGGGAAAAGGAA